GCCCUCCAGAGCCCUUCAGAGCCCUCCAGAGCCCUCCAGAGCCCUUCAGAGCCCUCCAGAGCCCUUCAGAGCCCUCCAGAGCCCUUCAGAGCCCUCCAGAGGCCUGUGCAGAUCCCCCCAGAGACUGGAGGGCUCUGGAGGGCUUUGCCACGUUCUCACCCACGGCACCCAGGGCCAAACAAAUGCUACUUUCUUUAGCAGGGGGGGGGGGGGCUCCGACCUCUGAUGAGGCAUUCGCAGGUGUGGACAUCAUGCUGUCGCUGCACAAGGGGCAGCAUGCCAAGAACACGCGCGUGAAGGGCUAUCGCUUCGCUGUGGAGGGCAAGCGGCGCCUGUACCGUCCGUCAGAGAUGCAGUUGGUCGGGGCUGAGCCCAUGCUGAGCGCUUGCCCAGCGCCCACGCACUCGUUUUAACAAAUGCCGCCCGGCAAUGGGCCUUUUAACGCUACACAAGACAACUCUUGCGCGCUAGAUCGCAAAAACAGGCAAACGUAAGGAAGCAUGCGCGCAUGCUCUGACACAAUGCUGCGGACGAGGGCACAAGUGGUGCUCUGGGGACAAGCUCCGGCCCUAUCUGUCU